UUGGCUCAAACGAAAAAGCUGAGCGCGGCAGUCAUGCCGGCGGUUGAUGAGGAGCGUCCUCACUUGGCCACGGUGACGUCAUUUUGGACAGCGGCCUGGUGGGGUUUCAUAGGCAGCGACAAGGUGGACUGCCAAGAUGGCAGCCCCAGCAGUCAGGCGGCACCGCGGAGCGCGCGCUGCGGUCGGCCCUGCGUGGUGGUGCCGUUGAUGCUGUGCGCGGCCGCCCUGGGGUCCUUGGUGACCCUGCGUUUGCAAAAGGCUGGAGCAGUGCUGACCACAGUGCCCAUGAGUCCCUACCACGAUCGCUUGCAGUCAUCGGUUCGCUUCUUCCCCUCCAGGGCGAGCGAGGUUCUGGGAGAGCUGAGCGUGAAGGAAGUGCAGGAGAUUUCUGCUUGGUUCAUGCUGCAGACGGGUGCCGCACCCUGCCGCGCGUUUGAAAACGUCAGCACCUGGCUGGCUGGACCCUCGGCGGUGGAGUUGUUGAGGCCUCCCAAGGCAGAGACUCUGGCCUACUUGGACGGCAAGGGUGUGAAGCCUCCGCGUUUCGCGCGGGUGACCAUGGUCACCAAUAGCUCGGUGCUGGAGUUCAAGGUGGGUCCCGUGGAGGAUCUGAGCAAGGCCAAGAUCAGCGAGUUGGUGCCCAAGGGAGCGAUUCCUUACUCCAAACGACCUGGCUUUGAGGAGACCUGGUUCGUCAAGCCCAUCUACGAUGCGGUGGUGACAGAGCUUGGGGCCUCUCUGUUGGUGAAAGCCUUCGGCCCCAUCUGGCCUCAGCUGGCAGGCUACGACCCCUCCCGCGGCACCGUAUCCUUCCUGCCCCGGAACGAUCCGCUGGCGCCGCGCGGCACGCGGCGCAUUCGCAUCAAGAGCGUGGUGGUGCCGCCGGCGCCGUCGCGGCCCGAUGCGCAGUGGCUGAAUCCCCUGCCGUUGGACAUGGAGGUGAAUAUCACCGCCUGGAACGUGUCGGAGUGGAGCAUCAACCACAUCACCUUCUGCAACCAGGGACCCUUUGAUUCGCCCAAGACUUUGUUGCAGGCCUACUCCAAGGGCCAGCUGCAGAUCUGCAACGCCACCUUCUCGGCAGGCCAUUGGGAUACUCCACAGAGGGAAUCUCCAAGGGGAACUCUGCGUAAUGAGAGCCACCACAACGGCGUUUCCUGGGGUCCUUGGAGCUUUUCUGUGACCCAGAGGCCCUCCACAGGCAUUGCAGUGACGGACAUCCGCUUCCGCGGGGAACGCAUCGUUUACGAGCUGGCCCUGAUGGAUUCACAGGCGAUCUACGGCGGCUCCUUGCGGGAUCAGUUCAUGUACUCAGAUAGCGCCUACACCAUGUCCCAAUGGAGCACGUCCCUGGAGCCCGGUGUGGACUGCCCCGACAAGGCGACCUACCUCUCCGCGGCCAACUGGAUGGGACCGGACAUGAGCCGACGGCCGGAUCCCAGGGAGGCGCAGGAGUUCUGGCCCAUCUGCGUUUUCGACUGGGUGGAGGACCACGAGAUCUGGCGCCACAUGGACGCAGCGCAGAGCCGCGGCUACGUGCGCAAGACGGUGGUGGUGAGAUCCAUUGCCACAGUGGGUACCUUGGAGGUUUUUGGGGGAUGGGGCACCUGCGAUGGCCAUGAAAGAUAG